AUGUUAGGUAUUACAGAAGUUGUCGAUAAUUUAUACAUAUCUGGUCUCGAAUCAUCCGCGACGAUAUAUAAUAAAGGUAUACGCUCGGUUAUUAACAUAUCAUCAGAAUGCCCAAUACAAGAUCUUGGCCCAUCAGUUGAAUAUGAAAAAGUUAGCAUAUCAGAUUUACCAACAACGUCAAUACAACCUUACUUUGAUCGGUUAGCAGAUCGUAUAGAUCAACAUUUACGACAAGGAAAAAAGACGCUUGUUCAUUGUUAUGUUGGACGAUCAAGAUCUGCAUCGAUUAUUUUAGCCUAUCUAAUGAAAUAUCGUCAAAUGUCAUUACGCGAAGCCUUUUAUUACUUGCGUUCACGUCGACCAAUCAUUGGACCUAAUUUUGGUUUUAUUAAACAAUUAGUUGCUUUUGAAAAAUCUCUAUUUGGCUCUACUUCGGUUUCAUUUGUUGAAACAUCGUUUGGUUCGGUGCCUGAUAUUUAUUUAUCAAUAGGAGGAGGAUCAAUGAGUCCUCGUCGACAAACAACUACAAUUCCUAUUCAAGUGACAAAUAGAACAACAUCAUCGUCAUUGUCAUCAAGGCCAAAUUCGUUUUUUAGUCGUUCAAUUGCAAACUCAGUACCGAAUCAAAACUCAAGAAUUUCUUCGAGUUAUUCAAAUAAUAAUAAUAAUAAUACUAACGCAUAUCGCCCAUUGAAUUCUUUAACAAACACCUCAAGUACUUAUAAUAGUUCAUCAUUUUUACAAGAUCAACAUGAACCAAGUCGUUUUACUUCAACAGCAUUUAAGCCUUAUGAGUCGAUACAUGAGCCAUAUCCCUCAUCAAGAUUGAAUGCAUUGCGAACAGGAAGAUAUGUUCCGCCAAUCUUAAGUCGUUUUAAUCUCCCUUAA